UUCUUCACUGCGCUCCACCUCACCUCGCUUCAUCCUACCGAUGGUCUUCAUGUGUAUCAUUGCAGCUUGACAUUUCUAGUGACAACGAACCAUGGCACCUACCAAGAAGGACGCCAAAGACGGCGAGAAAGAGGCCAAGCUCACUCCCGAGCAGUCAGCGAAGCUCGUACUCGAAUACCUGCGCAAACAAAACCGCCCGUACAGUGCCAUCGACAUCAGCACAAACCUCAGGAAUCGCGUCACGAAGGCAGCGGCUGCGAAGCUGCUGAAAGACUUGCACGAGCGGAAGGAGAUCGAAGGUCGCGCAGCUGGGAAACAGGUCGUUUACCAUGCCAUCCAGGACGAGGCGGACGAAGCCGGACUGGGGCAGUUGCAGCAGAUGGACGCUGAGGCCGCGCGUUUACGAGACGCGACGACCACGCUCAAGGCCGAGGAGAAAGAGCUACGCGGCACUCUCCGUGGAGGCGCAGCGCAGGUACCGCUACCAGAGCUCCGGACGGCCGUGGCGACGCUCGAGCAAACAAAGGCGGAAAUGGCAGGGCGCCUGGAAAAGCUGACGAGCGGUAAUGUCAAGCCUGUUAGCCUCAAAGAAAGCGAGGAAAUUAACCUUGAGCACCGCAAGUGGCAGAAGAUAGCGGGCGCAAGAAGUACGAUCCGAGCUGAGCUUUGGAAGGUGAUCGAGGGACUCAUCGAGAAAGACAAGGUAGCGGAGACGAAGGAGUCGCUGGGCUUAGACUUUUGAUGUUAAGCUGGUAUCGUCAGAUCAAGGUGUGUUGUUGCUGUAGGCUCAAGUGGCUGCGGUCAAGGAGAAAUAUAUCCGCAGUCGCCUCGCAUAGGUGGUAUCUCUGAAAGCACGCGAAGACAAGCACACCAUUACUUCCUCCUCCGCGUUAUGCCCACAUUGCUCAGUUCUCGGACGCAUGUAAUGAAAUCGUGGGUCAUCCCUCAGUUGCUAAUCUUGCCCGGGACGUUCUUGCCGGUCUUGCCUUGGAACCAGCUUCUCAGCUUGUCGGUCUACAAAUGCUGGAGGUCAGCGGCAAUAGAGCACGACAGGCACGGAAGCAC